CCAAAUUUCUUUAAUUUGGCUCGGUGCCGAUGUUAGGUGUGUCGGCCCUACUUUAGCUCCUUCCCUUUCGGCGUUUGGUUUUUCCAUUACACCCACCCAGGUGGAUGGACUAGUCGUCGGGGCUAAAGCAGUCGGUUUUAUGGUGGCUCUAAGUGGGUGGGACGGUUGGCUACGGUUUUGUUGGCUUCGAAAUGCCGGUUGUUGGGAUGCCGGCAAUUCGAACAGGGAUGGUUGGCUAUUUCGUCCUCGCUGAGUCGACUCUCGGAAGGUGGAAGGACAAGGCGUCGGGGGCUAAUGUAGUCGGUUUUAGGUUGGCUCUAAGUGGGUGGGACGGUUGGCUACGAUUCUCUUCGGUCUUGCAUGGCACUCAUCGACGCGACUGUCAUGGGCACCAGGCAUUCGCUGGUUUGAUCCUUGCUGUAGCAGCGAAAACUUGCCGUGAAAGCCUUUUCAAUAUGGUGGGUUCCGCCUUUGUCUGCAAUGGUUUCCUUUGUUCUGUACCCUUUCGGUGGCAUCCUUACGUUCCAACUGCUGAGUUCUGUCGUGUGCCUGCUCGUGUGGGAACCAAAGGGUUGGCAUUCGAUUGACGCCAUGGCACCGCUUGUGGUACACUAUCUGUUGUCUCUUUUCCGGAAAGUUUUGGCCCAUUGGUUGUUGUUGAGUACUCGGGUUUGGUGCACUAACGGGGACUGGUUAAGAAUUCUCUGUUAGCCUAAGUCUGCNGGCUGACUGCUGAGUUAAAAACUUGGCCUUUGGUCUGUUGGUGGGUUGUGCGGUGUGUAUGAAGUUUGCGAUGCGUAAUUGUGUGUGAGAUGUAUUUGGUUUUCAUGGUCAGGUUUGAUCCUUGCUGUAGCAGCGAAAACUUGCCGUGAAAGCCUUUUCAAUAUGGUGGGUUCCGCCUUUGUCUGCAAUGGUUUCCUUUGUUCUGUACCCUUUCGGUGGCAUCCUUACGUUCCAACUGCUGAGUUCUGUCGUGUGCCUGCUCGUGUGGGAACCAAAGGGUUGGCAUUCGAUUGACGCCAUGGCACCGCUUGUGGAACACUAUCUGUUGU